GAGAGGGAGGGAGAGCAGAUGCGCUUCAUCUUCUGACUCGUGCAAGUUUUCAUCUCACUGGAGGAGAAUUGGGAUUCAUUUAUUUGGAGCUGCCAGUGAACAUCGUCACAACAUCAGGAAUAUUUUACAAACAUUACCUGGAUUUGCCGUCACAACAUCCAGUGAUGGACUUCAAGAAAGCGGAGGCGAAGAUGGGAAGGAAGGAGGCACGACGUGAGACGGUCUCCCUCCUCAUCUUCUGCCUUUUCCUCUGGCAAACGCCAACGACGGACGCCAUCCAUCCGGACUGUGCCAUCAUCUCUCAGCACCUGAGGGCCAAGCAGACGUGCAGCCAGCGGAGGAGGAGCGAGAACCAGACCAGCGUCGACGGAUGCAGGACAGAGUGGGAUGAGAUCCGAUGCUGGACCAGAGCGGACGUGGGACAGGUGGUCAACGUGUCCUGCUCCGAGGUCUUUCAGCACUUCUCAAGCAGCCAAGGGUUCGUUUACAGGACCUGCACUGCGGACGGCUGGUCGGAGAUGAGUCCGCCCUACGAGGAGGCCUGCGUCUUCAGCAGCGACGGGGAGCCCGAAUCAGAGACCAGCUACCUCUCCACGCUGCGGCAGGUUUACACCGUGGGCUACGCCACCUCCCUCCUCUCCCUCAUCACCGCCAUCGUGGUGUUUACAGCCUUCAGGAAGUUCCGCUGCACCCGAAACUACAUCCACGUCAACCUCUUCUCCUCCUUCGUCCUGAGGGCCAGCGCCGUCUUCGUCAAGGACGCGGUGCUGUUUGCCGACGAGACGCUGGACCACUGCUCCAUUUCCUCGGCGGCCUGCAAGUCUGCCGUGGCCUUCUUCCAGUUCAGCAUCCUGGCCAACUACUUCUGGCUGCUGGUGGAGGGCAUGUACCUGCAGACGCUGCUGGCCCUCACCUUCGUCUCCCAGAGGAAGUACUUCUGGUGGUACAUCCUGACUGGCUGGGGGCUUCCAUCCAGCGUGCUGAUCCUCUGGGUGCUGACCAGGGUUUUCUACGACGACCGAGGCUGCUGGGACGACACCGACUCCGUGGGCAUCUGGUGGAUCAUUAAAGGGCCGAUCACGGCGUCGCUGCUGAUCAACAUCGUGAUUUUCGUCAACGUCAUCAGGAUUCUGGUUCAGAAGCUGAAAUCCUCGGCCAUAAACGGGAACAACGACAGCGGGCACUUCAUACGCCUGGCCAAGUCCACGCUCUUCCUCAUCCCCUUGUUUGGGAUGCACUACACCGUCUUCGCCUUCCUGCCGGAGAACACGGGGGUGGCUGCCCGCCUCUACAUCGAGCUGGGCCUGGGCUCCUUCCAGGGCUUCGUGGUGGCGCUGCUCUACUGCUUCAUGAACGGAGAGGUGAGGCCCGCGUGCACAGGGAUAAAGCGGGAGGCGGAUGGCGCCGGGGUCCCAGCUGCUUGCUCUGCCCUGCAGGUCCAGGCCGAGCUGCGGCGCUGGUUCUGGAGGUGCCACAGUCAGAACCAGCUCAGCCCCACCAAGAGAAGCAUCACGCAGACCACCACGGUCAGAGGCCGGGGGGGUCUCCGCCGGCCCCCCUCCACCGGGCAGCUCUCCUCCGUAUGAGCAGCGCCGCUCCUGCAGGGGGCGCCAGAGGUGAACCACCAGGCGACCCUGCCCUCUGUUCAGAAGUGAAUGUCCUUGAAUGUUUGAAUCGUCUGUGAGGCGACGGACGCUCAGGUGCGAGAGGAGCGGAACAAACCAGGCAGCGACUCGCCCUCCAGGGGGCAGGACGUGUCUCCAGCUUCAGAGGGGAGAGAACGGCACGGGAAUCAUGGGGAGACUUCCAGGCUGCUGUCGCCCGCCUCGCCGAGUCAGCGACACCCGACGCCACACAAUAAAGAGUCUCCAGCACAGGGCUCUGCAUUUGGGCUCCGAGUCGCACCUUCUUCACAGCAGACCGUAGACGACUGAUGUCAUGAGAGGAUCAUGUGACGGUGGGAACCACUCAGGUCCAGAAAAGCUUAACAGUGUCAAUGGUGACCGAAUUCAGAGGGUGAAAACAAAACAAAAAAACAUUACAAGAAAUAAACAAUGACAUACUGCCAGCCAAACGAAGUAAAAAAAAAAACGAGUAAAAAUAAAUAAUAAAAAACCAAUACAUCUAAAACAAAAAAAGAAAAAAAUAGCGCUGUCAAUUGAUUUAAUUUUUUUAUUGUGAUAAAUCGAACUAAAACCUGAGUGAACUCGUGAUUACGCGCAAAAAUAAUCGCACCUUUUGCAUCUGACUGAAUGUUAAUAUUAAUCCUCCGAUGCGCUACAACCACGUGACAAACAUAUAUGACAUUAAAUUUUCACGUCUAAACUCACAGCAGAGUGGCCGAUCACGUCUCCUCGUGCAAACGCGUGUUGAGUCCACACCAUUCUGUAGCGGAACCUCCGCAGUUACUGAGCCACGCAGACGCCCGCUAACAGGACGGGUGUAUCGCUCAUCGUUGGAGCAUCAAUCCGGAUGAGACCCGCGGCCGUGCGCAGCUCCGCCCCCCGGCGGUCAACAAGACCGACGGCGUUUCACGCGUCAA